GCCAGGGGCCCUAGUACCAUCUUCACAGAAGUUAUCCAGGAGCUAGAUUCUAGUGGAGGUCCACUCAGCCAGGACUGUGCCCUUGUGCUGACACUUGGAUGAACCUGUGUAACUAUAGGCUCUGGCAAAGGGGCAUGCCACCAUCCACUAUGUUUCAAACCUUGAUUCAAAAAGUCUGGGUCCCCAUGAAACCCUACUAUACCCAGGUGUACCAGGAAAUCUGGGUAGGAGUGGGGUUAAUGAGCCUCAUCGUGUAUAAAAUCAGGAGUGCCGAUAAAAGAAGUAAAGCUUUGAAAGGUCCUGCACCUGCCCAUGGCCAUCACUAACAAGAUGAAGACGUCGGCUAAACCUGAGCAAGCUCUGUUAGAUGGGAACAUAGAACAUCACUGUACACUUAUCUAAGUACCAUUUAUAAUGUGGCAUUAAUAAAUGUAUCUGUGAAUUCCA